AUGUUAUUGUCGAUGGAUCAAGCACUUAGUUUUUGUGUUCGUGUUGCUGUUGCUACAAUUGCAUCAGUCGUUAUCAUGAAAUUGGCAGCGAAGUACAUUGAUCCCAAUCACACCAUCAAUAAAAAUGCAAAAAAGAAGGCUGCUCAAGUAAUCAAGGCAUUAGGUUUAGAUCCAUCAAUAGAGCUUAAUGAACACGAACUACGUAUAGCUACACAAUUCGUCCAUUGUGGUCAGGGUGCAGAUUGGUGUGAUAUUGGUGGUUGUGGCGCAGUUAUUGAGGAAAUUAAUGAUCGGAUAAUUAUUCCACUAAAAAUUCGCAACGUUUACAAGAAAUUCGCAAUGUCAUCAAAUCUUCUUUCUCCGCCUAAAGGAAUGCUUUUAUACGGUCCACCAGGCUGUGGUAAAACUUUAUUGGCAAAAAUUAUUGCCCGCGCAGCGAAUGCUCGUUUUAUUAAUUUGCAAGUGUCAUCGCUUUGCGAUAAAUGGUAUGGUGAAUCACAGAAGCUUGCUGAUGCAGUUUUCUCUGUGGCACAGAAGUUCCAGCCCACGAUUAUAUUCAUUGAUGAAAUAGAUUCAUUUUUAAGAGAUCGAAAUACCCAUGACCACGAAGCCACUGCCAUGAUGAAAGCUCAGUUCAUGUGCUUGUGGGAUGGUUUUGCUUCAUCAGACGAUGCAAUCGUCGUGCUCGGAGCAACCAAUAGACCGAACGAUGUUGACAGUGCCAUUUUGCGGCGAAUGCCUGCACGAUUCUACGUUCCUUUACCAAGUUUAGAAUCUCGUGCAGACAUCCUAAAAGUUUUAUUAAGAGACCAACCUAUAACACCAGAAAUCAAUUUUGAAAGAAUAGCAGAAUAUGCUACUGAAUUAAGCGGAUCUGAUUUGAAGGAAGUAUGUCGGUUGGCAGUUUUGUCGCGAGUCAAGGAUGCAUUUAUUCAAGGAAAGGACUUAAAUAAUGAAACUACGAGAAUGAUUCGUGAAAGUGACUUAAUACAAUCAGUAAUGAAGUACAAACAAACUACACAGGUUUCAGCAGCAAUGCCAGUUUUUGAUCCUCUCGACUAA